ACCCAACCAAAACCUUCCCCUGCUUCACUCCAUCACCACUCCAAGAGUUCUCAAAUCGCCAAGCAAUGGCCAGCGCGGUCACCGCCAUGGCCGCCAUAGCCUCUUUCCCGGCUCCAAGAAGCCUCCAGCAGGCUCCGGCUCCGUUGCAGCUCCGCCAGAACGCCGUGUCGUUCGUCGCACGGCCGGUUCGGGCGCACCGCCGGCUGGUGGCCGUGGCGGCCAGCUCGCCGGCGACGCCGCCGGAUCUCUCCAACAAGGUGUCCGAGAGCAUCAAGCAUGCGCAGGAGGCGUGCGCGGACGACCCGGUGAGCGGCGAGUGCGCGGCGGCCUGGGACGAGGUGGAGGAGCUCAGCGCGGCCGCCAGCCACGCCCGCGACCGGCAGAAGGGCGCCGACCCGCUCGAGGAGUACUGCAAGGAAAACCCCGAGACUGACGAGUGCCGCACGUACGAGGACUGAGCCGGGCGAGUCUCUUCCUGGCUGCCGCCAUCGCUGUCACGUGAUCUACCUAAGCUAGCUUGGUUAGAGUGGCAUGAUGGCAACAUGAAGACAUGAGUGCAUGUAUGAUGGACCUGUUCCUUCGUCUCUCCUUGAGCGUUUGAGUUUGGUUUCUUCGUUUAAUCUGGCUUGGUUUGCAAUAAAGCAGGGGUUGUUUAUUGGUCUGUUAUUCACAAGAAAUAUUUAGGAUUAGAAGGUCCUACUGUAAUCCCAAGGCAAGAUGUAAUCUUUAGACUUUAGUAAUAUAUUUGCUGGUAUGCUUCUGAAACAUGA